UCAUUGUGUUUGUCAAUAAGGACUUUCAUUAGAUGCAGGCAUCUGACCCCGUGUUUCCUCGCAGUAAUUGAGGGGGGUAUUUCUAGGUUAACCAAUCCGACUGCUAGUUAGUGUACAACUAAGGGUGCAUGGAAAACGUUUGUUAAUAGAGAACAAGAUACAGCAUUGUUGCAUCAACACAAUCAACAAGACAAGAUGGACCUUAAUGAUAAAUUUACAAUUAGUGAUGAUAAUCAAACCCAGGAGUCCGAGGAGAGAGAAAAAUGGGACAAGAAGGCGGAAUCCAUUCUCUCUAUGCUGGGUUUCUGUGUGGGUCUGGGAAAUAUUUGGCGUUUUCCUUAUCUCUGUAUGAGAAAUGGCGGCGGGGCCUUUUUAUUACCAUUCCUAUUCUUCCUCUUUUUCUGUGGCCUUCCUCUGUUCACGCUAGAAGUGACCAUGGGUCAGUUCUCAGGCAAGGGGAUAGUCAAAGUCUGGGACGUGUGCCCCCUCUUCAGAGGAGUGGGGGUUGGAAUCUCGAUUCUAUCUACGAUCUCGUGCACAUAUUAUAUCGUUAUUAUUUGUUGGACAAUUUACUACCUUAUAAACUCCUUCAAGUCGCCUCUACCCUGGACUCUGUGUGGACAGGAGUGGAACACGCCCCUGUGUGUACUGACUGGACAUCGGGGGUCCAGGGUAAAUGACACCAUUAAUAACUUUACUUCACAACACGGGAACCUAUCUACGUUUGAUGUGUACCAAAACAUGAGUCAGCAUGUCAUAUACAAAAAUCAAAGUGCUCUGAUUGCAACACCGGAAGAGGAAUUUUGGCAAGGAAGUGUUCUUCAUUUGUCAUCAGGACUGGAAGAAAUAGGGAAGAUCCAGUGGCAUUUAGCUUUGUGUUUUCUUGGGGCCUGGGUGCUUGUGUACUUAUGUAUUGUCAAAGGUGUAAAAACGGUCGGAAAGGUAGUUUAUGUGACCGCGACUCUUCCAUAUCUUCUUUUGAUUGUUAUACUGAUUCGUGGCCUUACAUUGCCUGGGUCCGUUGACGGAAUUCUGUUUUACAUUACGCCAGAUUUUGAGCGUUUGAAGGAUGGAAAGGUUUGGGCAGAGGCGGCCAUUCAGAUUUUCUACUCCAGUGGUAUUGUAUGGGGAGCACUGAUAACUAUGGCUAGCUACAACAAAUUCCAUAACAACUGCCUCAGAGACUGUUAUGCUCUGGCACUGGCGGGAGAGGGAACCAGUAUAUUUGGAGGAUUCGUUGUUUUCUCAAUCUUAGGAUACAUGGUACAUGAAAACGGUGUCCCGAUUGAGAAAGUCGUCAAAUCAGGACCAGGAUUGGGCUUCAUAGCCUACCCAGAAGCUCUGGCUAAGCUUCCUCUUUCCAAUCUCUGGGCUGUUGUUUUCUUUAUUAUGCUACUGACUGUAGGACUGGAUAGCACGUUCGGAACUAUUGAGCCUGUUUACACAGCACUGUGCGAUUCCUUCCGCAUUUGGAGAAAACGCCGAGCGCUACUGACUGCAAUUUUCUCCGGGGUGUGUUUCCUUGUCGGAUUAAUCAUGUGUACUGAGGGAGGUAUGUACGUGUUCCAGCUCAUUGACUGGUAUUCGGCAGCCAUUGCAGUGCCACUCUUCGGAUUUUUUGAAUGCAUAGUAUUUGGUUGGAUUUAUGGAGCUGAAAUGUUCUCGAGAGAUGUUGCUUUAAUGACUGGACAUGGAAUUCCGACAAUUAUCAGAAUUUCUUGGUGUUUUAUCACUCCUCUGAUUCUAUUGAUAACCAUGAUAGUGACCCUUAACUCGUAUGUCCCUCCCGAGUACGGUACAUAUAAGUACCCCGACUGGGCUCAGGGGUUCGGCUGGUUUGUGGCUGUGAUCCCUCUUCUACCUAUCCCCCUCUUAGCCUACAGAGAAAUUAGACUCGCAUCUGGAAGCACGUUUUGGGAGAAGUUAAGAAAAUCGCUGCAGCCAAACGAACAGUGGGGUCCUAAUCAUACGGAAGAGAAUAAAAGAUACAAGUCAGAGAUACGAAAACUCAAAGGAUCAUUUCUACAAAAAGUGAUACUUAAUCUGACUGGCAGGGAAUUAGUAUGAUUAGACAUGUAACAUACGACCUUAAAAAUAUCUUAAAACUGUGAUAACCAGUAACUUUUUUUCUAAGAAAUAUACCGAUACAUAUUUGCAUUAUUUGAGUCUGUAUCGCAUUUUUUACGGAAAUAAAAUGAUUUUUUAUGUGUAUUUUAAGAA